AUGUCUCUCUCCCGCCUCCGGUCGGCCUCCAGCAAGGUCCAUUUAUUCAGUUUAUCACCAGCGCCGAACUCUCAGCACACGCAAAAACGUGUGGGUAGAGGUCGAAGGUCCGGACACGGUAAGACUUCCGGGAGAGGUCAUAAAGGUCAGAAGGCACGGUCGGGCAAUGGCAAGCCGAAGCAGCAAUUCGAAGGUGGACAGACCCCUAUCGUGAAGCUAUUUCCGAAAAAAGGUUUCACCAAUCAGAACGAAAAGGUCUAUGCGCCUGUAAAUCUGGACCGUAUACAACACUGGAUUGACACUGGGCGAUUGACAUCAAGUCCUACUCAGCCGAUCACAGCACGGGAGCUCCUUCUCAGUGGUUGCAUACACAACGUACAUGACGGCAUCAAGCUUCUGGGAGACGGAGCGGAUCGUUUGAAAACCCCCGUUCAUAUCACUCCCUCCCGUGCCUCGAAAAGCGCUAUCGCUGCAGUGGAGAAGUUGGGCGGCAGUGUGUUCUGCAGGUAUUACAACCCUCUGGCUCUUCGUGACUGCGUCAAGGGCCGAACGGACCGCCUCGACGCGGCACCUAUUCGUCGUACCGACAUAGAGUGGUAUACAUCGUGGCAAAACAGAGGCUACCUUUCUGAUAAAGCCAUCGCGAAGAUGCCCCUCGUCAACGACAGAUGGAGAGCGCUGUCUCAACAGCUAUUGUCCUUUAAGAAAGAGGAUUUCGACAAGCCUAGAUAG